UCGCUGCAGAACCCCUGAGACACGUUGAGCUCAAGCUUCCUCCAACAAACGCCAGCUCCGUCUUCGCAGCUGUCCAACAGCGCCAGCGACAUUUGAUACCGAAUCGACGUCUCUUCAGCUGGAACAAGUAACUGCGCAAUUUUAUAUUGCAUUAGCUCAGUGCCCGACCCUCUCUCUACUAAAUUCUCAGCCCCCCACGUUCCGCCUGUCGCAACAUGAGCGCCUCCAGCCUCAACCAGGACGAUCUCGAGCAGCCUCAGGGCGAGCCCGCGCCUGAGCUCCUCGACGGUCGCAUCUGGGUGGAUGGCUGCUGGGACUUUUUCCACCAUGGCCACGCCGGCGCAAUGGUCCAGGCCAGACAGCUUGGCGACGAGCUAUACGUCGGCGUCCAUUCCGACGAAGCGAUCCUUGCCAACAAGGGCCCAACGGUCAUGAACCUUGAGGAGCGUCUCGCCGCCACAGAUGCCUGUCGUUGGGUUACCAAGUCGGUCGGAUACGCCCCCUACGUGACGCAGCUCCCGUACAUCUCGCACUACGGCUGUCGAUACGUUGUUCACGGCGACGACAUUACCUCGGACAGCGAUGGAAACGACUGUUACCGCUUUGUCAAGGAGGCAGGCCGCUUCAAGGUCGUCAAGCGAUCGCCCGGCAUCUCCACCACCGAUCUCGUUGGGCGCAUGCUGCUGUGCACUAAGACGCAUUUCAUCAAAUCGCUAAAGAAGACGCUGGCUGGACAAGAAGGCAUGGGCACUGAGGAGGAGCGCAAAGCCCAGUCCGAGGCGAUGCUCGAGAGAUUCAAGCUGUACGCGACGGACGAAACAGCCAAGAACCCCGGUGUCGAUGUCUGGUUCUGGAAUUCAGAGACGCCAGAAAAGUUAGGUUCUAGCGAGGGAGAUAAGGGAUCCUACGAGAGCUUUCUGAAGGGACCUGGGCCGAAACCUGGCCAGCGUGUGGUCUACGUCGACGGCGGCUUCGACCUUUUCUCUAGCGGCCACAUUGCUUUUCUGUGCAAGGUGCUAGAAGAGGAAGACAAGCUUGCGCGGGAGGCGGGCUGGUUUUCUGAAGAGGCUACGGAGAAGAGGAAAAGCGUCAACGGCGGAAAGGACUACGGCCCGGCAUACGUCGUGGCGGGAGUUCACGAGGACAGAGUCAUCAACGAGUGGAAGGGCGUAAACUACCCCAUCAUGAACAUUUACGAGCGUGGACUCUGCGUUCUCCAGUGCAAGUAUAUCAGCGCCGCUGUGUUCGGAGCUCCGUUUACGCCGACAAAGAGCUAUCUCACAGACAUGCCGUGGGGGGGCAUCCCUGACGCAGUCUACCACGGUCCGACGGCGUUCAUGCCCCUGACAUAUGAUCCGUACACGGCGCCAAAGGAGAUGGGCAUCUACCGGCAGAUUGGCGAGCACACCUUCUCGCACGUCAACGCGGGGGAAAUCGUGCAGCGAAUCAUGAAGAGCCGCGACAUGUACGAGGCGCGACAGCGGGCCAAGGGCGUCAAGGCCGAGGUAGAAGCGGCAGCGAGGGCUCGAGAGCUGAUGGAGGAGGAGCAGCGCAAGAAGGAGGCGGAGAGGGGCGUCAUGUCAAGCUGAGAGGAGCCAUGUUUUUUGCGUUGAAGCACGAAAGCAGGCGAUGGGAUGUGAUUUUGCUGAUUUUGGAGUUUUUGGAUACGUACAGACAGAGUCUUCAACAGGCCGCGGAGAGACCCCAAAAGUAGAGGACACACAGAGAAGAUAAAAGUACCUAAUAGAGUUGAGUUUGCAUCAUAGCCUGCUGUAUUUCUUAGCACAUCCAGUUCGUCGAAUUGGGUGACACGGACUUCAGCUGGAGAGAGAUUCGAUGCCAAGUACAGUAGGGGGAGAAAGCUGAAGCAGAUGAAACGGAUGGCGCUCGAUACCUAUUCUGUGGUUGGCUUUUCGCAUCG